UCAUGUCUCCACCACCGUACCUCCGCUUAUAAAACCCACCCCUCCUCUAACACUCCCUCCUCAUAGGCCAACUCCCCAUUCUCUGUCCUCUAUCUGCCUCGUGUUCUAGUCCGCGCCAUCUUCUCGCCGUCUGUUUAUUUCUUCUUGUUGUUGUUGGUGGUGUAGUGUGCGUUUGUGUGUGGCUGUCUUUCAGUGGAAAUGGCAUUGGAUGCCGUGGUGUACCCCCAACCCCAAGGCCAUUUAGGCUACGGGAACAGGGACUCGCCCUAUGCGCUGUCGUGGCGCGACACGGUCGGCUUCGGCGACGAUGAGCCGUCCCCCGGCGAAUGGGACCCCUUGCUGCUCGCCUCCCUCGUGCAGAAUGCCGAGGAGUGGGAGGAGGAGGUGAGUUCCAAGGCCUCGCCGGAGCAUGAGGCGGCGUUGGCCGUUGCGGCGCCAUCACCGGUGAUUCAGCGGGCGGCCACUACGAGGAGGAAGAGGAGGCGGCUCAAGGUUGUCAAGAACGAGGAGGAGAUCGAGAGCCAGCGGAUGACUCACAUUGCCGUGGAGCGGAACCGCCGCCGGCAGAUGAACGAGUACCUCGCCGUGCUCCGUUCCCUCAUGCCACCUUCCUACGCGCAAAGGGGUGAUCAAGCAUCUAUUGUUGGGGGAGCAAUCAACUUCACGAGGGAGCUUGAGCAACUCCUCCAAUCGCUUGAGGUGCAAAAGAGCCUCAAGGAACACAGCACCAACACUGAUGGCGCUGCCUGGUCUCCGUUCGCCGGAUUCUUCAGCUUCCCACAGUACUCCACUGUCUCUGUCUCCCACGGUGGCGCCGGCGACAAUGCCCACAGGAUCAAGGCCGAGUCGACGUCUGCUGCCGACAUCGAGGCGAGCAUGGUGGAGGGCCAUGCCAGCCUAAAGGUGCAGGCACGGCGGCGGCCAAGGCAGCUGCUCAGGCUGGCGACCGGCCUCCAGCAGUUAGGGCUCACGACCUUGCAUCUCAACGUCAGCACUGCCGGCGCCAUGGUCAUGUACUCCUUCAGCCUCAAGGUGGAAGAUGAAUGCAAGCUCAGCUCUGUGGAGGAGAUUGCAACUGCAGCGAACGAGAUUCUGGGUAGGGUACAGCAGGAGGCAGGCUUUAGUUGAUACCAAAACUGGCUUGUGAACUGUACCGCUUACCUGAGCACCUGUGCCUUGAGAUUCUUGUGUGCGCAAAAGUUAUUCGUGGCCUAGCAAAUAUAAAUAUUUGAGCUAUGAUUUUCUUUAGGGGCAUCUGUAGAUCGAGUUCCUACGAAAUCAACAUAUAAAAUUCACAUGUUACAUCUACUGUCCUAUGCGAUUG